UGUACACACCGGUCUUACUGACCUGUGUACUAUCGCGAAAGGAAUUGUGGGUAGCACUACUUUUUCAACAUGGCUGCCGAUUGACAUCAUCUCAGUUUGUCAACGUUCAAGCCAUGGAAACAGCAACUCCAGUAAAGUCAGUGAGGGCCUGUCUAACCUGUAAUCGUUCAUCUCAAGGACAUUUAAAAAACUUAAGAAAUGUAGCUAUGCGAUCCAUACUACUGAAAAAACAGUUUGAAUGUCUGGGCUGCAAUAUUGAAGACCUUGUGAAAGUAGGACAUGAGAAUCUGUUGGUUUGUGACACAUGUUUGAAAAUAUUGGACAAACUAUCAGAAAUGAAGUUGAAUUUACAAAUGAACAUGAAAGAACUAAAGAAGAGUGAGGAUAGAACAAAGAGAUUAAUUAUGCAUUCUGUUUCUCCAGUAGUUAAGAAGUUCAAGGACACAACUGUACCAGUAAAAUCUAGAAAAAGUUCAAGGGCUUUUUUUAAGAUGCCAUCUCCAUCUCCAUCAAGAUGUAUUGAUUCAGUUAUUAGUCCAAAAUCAGGCAGCAUUGAUCAUUCAUACUCUGGUAUACCAAGCAAAACAAAAACACAAAGCCUUGACCAUUUGUAUUCAACAACCGUAAAUCAAAAUGUAGAUCUUAAUAAUCCAUACAGUUUUCAUAAGAAGAAAAUACUGAUGCCUCCUGAAAUUACUGUUAACGAAAAGAAAAGUGUCAUAACAAUAUUUGAACAAUCAUCAAAAGACACUGUAAGUGUUAAUACUGUUUUGGAAAAACUUCUUGAUCUCCCUUCUGUAAAUGAAAGACUAUAUCUAUGUUUAUUGCAACGACUAUCUGGAGAACUAAACAGGAUCUGUGGAACAAAAGACAAAAGUGUUUUAAGGACAAAGAUGUCAGAACUAGAACCUGAAACCUUUUUCAGUGACAUUGUAAAAGAAAUGCACUUGAAAUGUCCGAAGGUGUUGCAGUUUCUGAUAACCCUGUCUUGCCUAAUGGAUCUUGCAGUUCCAGAGAAAAAACAUGGUAUAGCAGCUAUGUAUGCACUUGGCAUGUACUUACGGAACAACCACAUGAUUGCCUUUCAAAAAGCUGUUGCUGCAUCAUGUAUAAGAUAUAAUGCAGGGAAUGGACUCAUGGAGUUUUUACACAACCUGGGAAUGUCAAUACCUACAAAAAGCAGGAUCACUCACACAUAA